AUGGCCGAAGCAGUGGAAAGAUACCCUCUUGGCAGGGAUACGGCGGAAUCCAAGCGACUAAAUGAGCAGCACAAGUUGAUUAUUGAAAUCGUCGAUGGAGCGAUCGAUAGCUCUAUCCCACUGGAUCGAAUUUCCUCCGUCGCAGAUGUCGCGACUGGUACCGGGGUGUGGCUGUGGGAUGUCCAGCAGGCGCUUAGCAAGAUUGUCAAUAGUUCUGCACGGUACUUUCACGGCUUCGAUAUAUCUCCCGCGCAGUUUCCGGCAGCUCCGGAUGGGAUUGAGCUCUCCGUCCAGGAUGUCCUGACGCCAUUUCCUCCGGAGCAUCGAGGCCGCUAUGACUUGAUUCAUGUUCGACUGCUCGUGACUGCACUUGGCGAGUCCGAGUUCGAGACCGCAGUCCGAAACAUGUUAGACAUCCUCAAGCCCGGUGGCUACUUGCAAUGGGUCGAGAUUGACUAUACCCCAUUAUACGACCCUAAGAUCACCCACCAUCCGAAAGCUAUGCCAAUGAUUCAGUCCUGGACAAGAUACAUGGACCAGAAUAACAUUAGUCGAAAUGCUCCGGAUGUGGUAGCUCAAGCUUUCGAGACUGCCGGCCUCGUCAAGGUAGUCAAUCGACCAUUCCUUGUCCGCGGACGCGAGGACAUCAAGGCAAGAGCGCAAGCUUGGCAACUGGGUUUCUGGUCUACUGUUAUGCCUCUCGUGCUGCAGAGAACAGGCGAUGCUUCCAAUGGGGGCGUGGCGAGCGAGAAGGCCAAGGAGAUUAUCGGAGACCUAGCGGCGGCGUUUACGGAAGGCGAGGUUAUCGAUGUGAGGUUUGGGACUGUGAUCGGCCAGAAGGCGAAGUAAUUGCAAUGGCUGGUUGAACUUCGGAAGAUAACCCCACGUGGCAAAUCAGGCGAUCCAUUUUUGAUCGCGUCAGGUUUUUGGGUCGUCGCAUGGGGGUAUCUAGCUAUCGUAUCUGGUGGAUAUCACCAGAGAUACGUCAAUCGCCAUUGAAGAAUCCACCCCUCAUAAUAAUCAGAAACACUCACUAGACAUUGAUAACAAGGCCAAGAUUUUAUAUCGGCCGAGAGCGCAUAGAAUCUUGCAACAUUUUGGUGUGGUUGAGAUGCACCAUCAUGGUGGAGCAUGGCGUGCUCUCAGACAGGCAAAGACCUCAACACUCAUAGGACAAGCUCCGUAUGGCUGGAUCUUGGAGGGCACUAAGCUAAAGCCAAGAUCUCGCGUUUA